AUGGACACCCUUCUGACUGCUGAGGUGGCGGCCAACUCGCCCAGGUACCGGCGGCGGUCGAGUACCUUCAUCGACGCCAUCCAUGACUUGCCGGAAAAGGAAGAGAUGGCGCCCGCUCAGCUGUACAGCACUGAGUCGGGUCGCUUGUUCCACUCCGGUCGCAUCGUCAUCGCAACCGUCGGCCUACCAGCCAGAGGCAAAACCCACAUUUCUGUGGCCGUGGCACGCUAUCUCAGGUGGCUCGGAGUCAAGACGCACGUGUUCCAUCUGGGCGACUACAGGCGCGCAACCAUGGGCCCGGGAAGGGAUGUCCCCCAGGACUACUUCUACGUGAACGCCUCUCCAAGCUCUGUGCUCUUGCGCAACAAGAUUCUCAAAAAGUGCAGAGAAGACAUUUACCAUUUCCUCGAGCAUGAGAACGGUCAGGUGGCCAUCUAUGACGCAGUAAACGCUAUCGGCGCAGGACGAGCAGCGCUGGCGAGAGAGUUCGCCAAGCGCCAGAUCCAGACGUUGUUCAUUGAGUCUCAGUGUACCGACGAGAAGAUCAUCGAAGAGAACGUGCGGAGCGUAAAGAUUUCGUCUCCGGACUACGUGGGUUGGAGUGACGAAGACGCGAUUAAAGACUAUCUCCAGCGCAUUUCGUCGCGGAUACCGCACUUCGAAACCAUGGAAGAGCCCGAUUUGCACUGGGUCAAGAUGGUCAACGCCGGCGAGCGCGUCAUUGUCAACAGCUGCAACUUCGGAUAUCUCUCCCAGCGCAUUGUCUUCUACCUUCUCAACCUGCACAUCAAGUCUCGCCAUACUUAUUUCGCCCGUGCCGGAACCACGAGGGAAGAAGACUCAUACAAGGCCGAUGCAUCACUAUCUUCAGAGGGCGAGGACUACGCGCAGAAAAUGAUUGACACUCUGUUGAAGCACCGCGAAGAAGAACGUAAAGUCUUGGCCGAGCAAGGAUCACCUUCAGCUCAACUCAAGCCGCUAACUGUCUGGACGUCGACUCGCCGGCGUACCGUCGAGACAUCUAACCCGUUGGCGCACACGGGCUACCGGGUCAGGCAGCGCAGUCAAAUGAGCCAGCUUCAUCCGGGAGUCUGUGAGAAGAUGACGGAGAGUCAAAUCAGGCGCAAAUUUCCUGACGAGGUCGCAAAACAUGAGGCUGACCCUUACCACCACCGCUACCCACGAGCUGAGUCUUACCACGACCUUGCGGUUCGCCUGGAGCCCAUCAUUCUGGAACUGGAGCGCGAACAGAACGAUCUCUUGCUCAUUGCGCAUGAGAGCGUCCUCCGUGUCCUGUACGGUUACCUGAUGGCUUGCAACGCAACCGACAUCCCGAAGCUGGAUUUCCCUCGUGAUGAGAUUAUCGAGAUCAUUCCCGCCUCGUACAACAAUUCUGCUAAACGUAUUCAUAUUCCCGGUCUUCCCGACAAAAUCGUCCCUGCUUCCCCCGAGGACAUCUCUAUCCCUGUGCCUCCCUCCGGCCUUGUCACUCCCUCUCCACUUGCUUCGGGCCUAGCUACACCUGAUCCGUCCAUGGCCACAGCUUCUGGUAUCACGCCUGCAGCGGGCUCGAUCGCAGCCAGCCUCAGCGCUGGUGACGCUUCCGCGAGACCCCGCAGCGCUACGGUGGGUGGUGAGGUCAUCGGAAAGGGUAGCCAGGGGUUGGCAGCAUUAGCAGCUUCAAGAGGCAGGAGCGGCACAUUGACACCGCAGGAUGGCAGAUCGACACCCCAACCGUUGAACAUCAAGGCGACCCAUGUGGAUCCGAGUUCUUAA